UUUUGUAAGAGUUCAACCCGGAAGUUAACAUUUACGAGGAGCACUUAAACGCAGCAGCCCUCUUGAAUGCGACAAGAUGGAGGACUAUCCUUCCAAACAAGUCCCUGAAAACCUCGACGAUCCGCCCAACAGCCGUUUGUUCUUGGUCACGAGCCGCAGCAUCAGCGAAGAUGAGCUCCGCGAACGUUUCUCCAGAUUCGGAGACAUCCAGGGGGUCUGGGUGGUCAAAGACCGGCAGACCAAGGAGUCCAAAGGCAUCUCCUACAUCAAGUUCGCCAAAUCUUCGCAGGCCUGCGCGGCCAUGGAGGAGAUGCACGGACAGAUGCUGUCGGACAAAAGCAAACCCAUCAAGGUCUUCAUCGCUCAGUCUCGAUCUUCAACCAGACACAGAGACGUGGAGGAUGAGGAGCUUACCAGGAUCUUCGUCAUGAUACCCAAAACCUUCACAGAGGAAGACCUGAAAAACACUUUUAAAGAGUACGGAGACAUUGAAUACUGCGUCAUCAUCAAAAAUAAACUCACCGGGGAAAGUAAAGGACUCGGUUACGUCAGAUACUACAAACCCUCCCAGGCUGCCAUCGCUAUAGAGAACUGUGACAAAUCGUACAGGGCCAUCCUGGCCGAACCCCGCUCCAAAUCCAACGCCUCUGAGGAUUACUCCGGCGCAGGGAGCAGAGGGGAGUACGGCGGAGACUCGGCCAACCAGUACGGCUUUCACGCAGACCCUGGGAACUUUGCGGUGCCGGAGAGCCGCGCGGGGGACUUCACGCGCGCGCUGAUGGUGUCCACGCGGGCAGCGCUCACGCAGGAGCAGGUCUUCGCUCUGUUCGACCUCAUUCCCGGCAUGGAGUACUGCGAGCUGCAGAGAGACUCGUACGGCAUGAACAAAGGCUGUGCCAUGAUCCGCUACAGUAACCUUGGCUCUGCCCUUUACGCCAAAGAGAAACUGAACGGCUUCGAGUAUCCGCCCGGCAACAGACUGGUGGUGUACUUUCUAGAUGAUGGCGAGGACCGCAGCAGCUCGGUGGGGCGGAUGGCCAUGCAGUUUGUUGCUGCUCAGAUGAUGUCCGCUGUGUGGAACGGAGCGUCCAGCAGCCAAAUGCUGAAACCUCAUAGUUUCUCGCCGUCGCCCUCCAUGUCCCGUAUCCAGACGGACGUCAGCCUGCCGUCCCUGAAGAAGCUGGCGCCCCCCGACAGUAAAACCAAGGAGCGCUUGUUUGUGGUGUUCAGCCCGUCCCCUCUGCCCCCUGAUGUGCUGGAGGACGUCUUCUGCCGCUUUGGGUCCCUCAUUGAGGUCUAUCUGGUUCCCGGGCAGAAAGUGGGAUACAUAAAGUACGCAGACAAACAGUGCGCUGACGAGGCCAUGGUGGCGCUGCACGGCCGUGUGGUCAACGGCGUGAAGAUGAAGGUGAUGCUGGCCGAUCCCCCCAGAGAGGAGUCGCACAAACGGCCCCGCACCUACUGACGGCAGCGGGGGGCGGUGAGUACGCGGCCGCCGCACUCUGAGGCCUGUGAUGCGCUUUCAGGGCGCCGUUAGCAUCAGAGCUCUCAGACUGCAGAGCAGUGGGGGAGGCUGAAGGCCCCCCCCACUGCUCUGACAGAUUCACUGUCUUCCUCCUGUCAGUAACGCUGCAGCUUCUCGUUUCCCAGGCGACUGUCUUGACUGACACCUGACCUGACAGACCCACACCUCCUGACCUUAGACCGACCUUUGACCCCUGUCUGACGUUGCUUCUUCUGGGAAGACGACCCAGAACUGUCUGAACUUUGAACCCCCUCAAUAAAAACUGUACUUCA